AAGUAUUUAUACUAUAUGUUAUCAAAUUUCAAGAUGACAGGACUCACCCAGAAACAUCGUAAUUUUGUUUUGGAACCCAUGAGAGAUAAACCCGUAACGGAUUUGGCCGGCAUUGCUGAAACUUUAGGAAGCGAACUAAUAGCUGCAGGUUUUGAUAAGGCGUAUGUGGUCUUGGGACAGUUUUUAGUGUUGAAGAAAAACAAAGAAAAAUUUCAGGAAUGGCUGAAAGACACCUGCAAUGCUAAUUCCGACCAGUCGCAGAAAUGCUUCAACUGCUUAAAUGAUUGGUGCGAAAAAUUUUUGUAAAGGUCCAUUCUCUUUUGUCACACAUUUAAAUAUCACUUGAUUUCUAUAUUAUUUUAAUUUGUGUAUAAAUAAGUAACAGAAGGAUGUUAUAAUAUUUAGCAUAUUUAUAU